AUCUUAACAUUUGCCUGUGAUGCCUGCAAGCCAGUGAUACUGUAUGUUCCUUCCAAACUGGACCCUGAGAAAUUCAUUGGUAGAGUUAACCUGGAGGAGUGCUUUAAAUCUGCAAAUCUAAUUCAUUCAAGUGACCCUGAUUUCCAAAUUUUAGAAGAUGGAUCAGUCUAUACAACGAAUGCUGUUCUUUUGACCUCUGAGAAAAGAGAGUUUAUCAUAUUACUUUUCAACACAGAAAGCCAAGAAGAGAAGACAAUUUCUGUCUUUUUAGAGGCUCAAACAAAGGUAAAAGAGGAAAAGCAUUCUACAGAAAAACUUCUGAGACGUGCCAAGAGGAGAUGGGCUCCUAUUCCUUGUUCAAUGCUAGAAAAUUCUUUGGGUCCAUUCCCACUGUUCCUUCAACAGAUCCAGUCUGACACAGCCCAAAACUACACUAUAUACUAUUCCAUCAGUGGACCCGGAGUGGACCAAGAACCUCAAAAUUUAUUUUAUGUGGAAAGAGAUACUGGGAACCUGUAUUGUAGAGGCCCAGUGGAUCGUGAGCAGUAUCAGUCUUUUCAGCUGGUUGCCUUUGCAACAACUUCAGAUGGGUACACACCAGAAUCUCCAUUGCAACUAGUAAUCAAAAUAGAGGAUGAAAAUGAUAACUACCCAAUUUUUACUGAAACAACAUACAUUUUUACAGUUCUUGAAAAUGGCAGAGCCGGCACGACGGUGGGACAGGUUUGUGCCACAGACAAGGAUGAGCCUGACACCAUGCACACGCGCCUGAGGUACUCAAUCCUUGAGCAGCUGCCAUCCCGACCCACUGUCUUUACUAUGCAUCCGGCCACGGGUGUGAUCACCACGACAUCGUCUCAGCUUGACAGAGAGGUAAUGGAUAAAUACCAGUUGAAAAUAAAAGUACAAGACAUGGAUGGUCAAUAUUUUGGUUUGCAGACAACUGCAACUUGUGUCAUAAAUAUUGGGGAUGUUAAUGACAACUUGCCGACAUUUACCCACACUUCUUAUGUGACAUCCGUGGAAGAAAAUACAGCUGAGGUAGAAAUCUUACGUGUUACUGUUGAGGAUAAAGAUUUAGCUAAUACUGCUAAUUGGAGAGCUAAUUACACCAUUUUGAAGGGCAACGAAAAUGGAAAUUUUAAAAUUGUAACAGACCCCAAAACCAAUGAAGGAAUUCUGUCUGUAGUCAAGCCACUAGAUUAUGAGGAAAGACAACAGAUGACCCUGGAAAUCAGUGUAACUAAUGAAGCUCCAUAUAUAAGAGAGGCUGCUUCAAAAUCAUCCAUUAGCACAGCGACUGUCACAGUUACUGUCAAAAAUCAGGACGAGGGCCCUGAGUGCCGACCUCCAGCGCAAACUGUCCGGAUUAAAGAAAAUGCACCAGUGGGGACCCGGAGCAAUGGGUACAAAGCAUAUGACCCAGAAACAGGAAGCAACAAUGGCAUAAGGUACAGAAAAUUAAGUGAUCCUAAAGGGUGGAUCACCCUCGAGGAAGAUUCAGGAUCAAUCACAAUUUUCCGAAAUCUGGACAGAGAGGCAGAAUCCAUCAGCAAUGGUGUAUAUAAUAUUACAGUCCUUGCGUCAGAUAGAGAUGGAAGAAGCUGUACUGGGACCCUGGGAAUUGUCAUUGAAGAUGUGAAUGAUAAUGGCCCAUUCAUACCUAGGACUGUAGUGACCAUCUGUAAACCUACCAUGUUCUCCACAGAGAUUGUUGCGGUUGAUCCUGAUGAACCCAUAAAUGGCCCACCGUUUACCUUUAGUUUGGAAAGUUCUGAUUCAGAAGUACAGAGAAUGUGGAGACUGACAAAAAUUAAUGACACAGCAACACGUCUUUCUUACCAGAAUGACCCUCCAUUUGGAUCAUACAUAGUUCCCAUCCGAGUUACAGAUAGACUCGGCCUGUCUACAAUCAACUCAUUGACUGUUAGGCUGUGUGAUUGUGUUACCGAGGCAGAGUGUGAUAUUCGCUCAAUUGAGAGAGUUGGCGGCAGCGAAGUAAGACUUGGAACGUGGGCCAUCCUCGCAAUACUGUUGGGCAUAGCGUUGUUAUUUUGUGUCCUAUUUACAUUGGUGUGUGUGACUUCUAGGGCAACCAGAGAUGUAAAAGCACUUCCUGAUGAUUUAGCCCAGCAGAACCUGAUUGUAUCCAACACUGAAGCUCCUGGAGAUGACAAAAUGUAUUCCACAAAUGCCUUCACGACCCAUCUUGUGGGUGCUCCUGGUCAGGGCGUCUGUGGCACCUUGGGAUCCGGAGUCAGAAAUGGAGGGCAGGAAACCAUAGAAAUGGUGAAAGGAGCACAGCAGACCCUGGACUCCUGCCGGGGGGCCGGGCACCACCACACCCUGGAUCCUUGCAGGGGAGGAGGACACGCGGAGAUGGACAGCUGUCGCUACACCUACUCCGAGUGGCACAAUUUCACCCAGCCCCGACUCGGUGAAAAGGUCCGUCUGUGCGACCAGGAUGACAACCAUAAGCACGCGGAAGACUACGUCCUUUCAUAUAACUAUGAGGGCAGAGGAUCGGUGGCUGGUUCCGUAGGGUGUUGUAGUGAUUGGCUGGAAGAAGAUGGGCUUGAGUUUUUGGAUCAUUUGGAACCUAAAUUCAGGACACUAGCAGAGGCAUGCAUGAAGCGAUGAACAUGUUCUAAUAAGUCAACAAAGGCCAGUGGUUGUAUCACCUUUUUUUUUCCCUUUUAAUUACAAAAGAAGAUUUAAAAAAAGAAGAGGAUAUUAUAUUUGGAGCCUUUCCCCUUUAUUUUUUGGAACCUCUUUGGCCGAAGACACAUUUACAAGGGAACUGAAUUCUUACAUUUUUACAUACAUUUUAAUUGCUUGUUUACCCAAGUAGAUCCACAGAUGAAAAAAUUUAAGGAAAUUUGUGUUAUUGUUUACAUUUGGACAUAGUGACAGCAGCCAACUUAAAGUGCAGUGAAAUUUAAGUAAUUCAAGUUUGUAUUUAUAGACUACUUGAAGUACAACCUAAUAAAAGAUUGUAGAGAAUAUUAUCUCCAGUUAACUAGUCUGUUGUUCAUAUGGUGCUUGGAAACUGUGGCUUUCCUAAACAUUCUAAAGUGUAUAUAUUGCAUGCUUGCUAUUUUAUUCCUGUAAUAUGGCUUUUCUUCAUGAAGCAAAGGCAGAUUUCUAACCAGGUAUUGACUGUUAUUACGAUUUCAUUUUGGUGGAAUUUACUUUUAGGUUCUAUUCUAUGUAGAAAGCAGCACUGAAUGUACAUUUUCUCUGUUACCUACUUUGUUAGUAAAAUUUAGAUUUAAAAAAUGCUUUCAGAGUGCAUUCUUACUUUUGCAAGUCUUUUGUCUUUCUAAUUACAAAUGGUCUGUCUCAUUCUCUUGCUGUCUGCCUCUCAGGUACACACACACACACACACACACACACACACACACACACAAUUUCCUUCUCUCCUAUGUGUCUUUAAAAUCUCUAUUUGGGUUGGUGAAUCCAAAUACUUUCAAAAAUUGUCAUUUCUUCUCUUAAAAAGUGAAUUAUUCCUAUGUACUCUUGGUAUUUCUAUAUCAAUGUAAUGUUAACUUUAUUGUUUUAAAUAUCUUGGUGGUUGCUUCAUUACCUACUCAAUUUUUAACUUUCACAUUAAAACUAUGGAACCACUUCAUGAUUUUAUUAGCGGCAACAUUCUAUGUUUACAAAAGAUCGAAUUAAGAUGUGAUAUUUAGUGUAUAACAACAUGGUUCUAAUUCAUACCUUUAGUGCAGUUUGCAAAUGCAAAAUAGUGAUGGGUUUUGAAAUAAGCUUUGAAAUGCAAGGAUCUUGAAUGCUAUCUAGGAUUACAUUUUUAUAACUUUUAAGAUGAAAUUACUAGUGAUGUCUAUGUAAAGUUAUUGUUUAAUGUUUUAUGACUACAAUUGUUAGCAACGAUAUGGGCUGAACUAUUUACAUCUUAAAACAAGAAGACAAAAUAAAACUUGUUACCCAACCAAAUCCAGGCCAGAUUUCAAACAUAUUUCUGUCAACGAAUUCUCUGUCUGCUAACUGUAUGGAAAGUCUAAAUGCAUUUUUAAUAGCUAUGAUUGUUAAUGAUGUACCUUCAUGAAUUUACAAGGUUGGUUUAUAACAGUUGCUGUUCAGAAGUACCAUAUUUGAUAAGCAGCUAUCUUUUCAAAAGUUUCAUUCCUUCUCAGUCAAAAAUAAAGUCUC